CCUUUCCAACACUAAUUUCUCCUUUAUUUUUUUCAUAAUCUUGUCUUAAUCCGUCUAAUUUUUCAUGUUCUUAAUUUGUAAAUUAAUUAAGUCGUUAAUUAGACCAACUAACACUUGGAAAUUAACAAUUCUCUCCUCUUACACAAAGCAACCUGAGCUAAUAAUUAACAAACUUGAAUUUUUCUCAUAGUAUUAAUUAAAACCAAAUCAAUGGCUGCAAAUAUUAAUCUUAGAGCUGACAUGGCUUUGACCAUGUCAGGAUUCAGUUUGAUUGCACCAAAAAAAUCAAGAUUUUGCCUGAAAGCAAGUGCUGGCAAUUCUCAGGAAUUGGAAACAUUCAAUGGGAAAAAAGUGAACGGGAUUGGGAUUAAUGUUACAGAGAGUAGUAAUUCAUAUGUAGAUACUGAACCACUUCAUAAAUGGUUAUUUGGAAGAUUUCUUGAAGAAAGAUUGGUCUUUAGUCAGACAUUUAUUAUUCGGUCUUAUGAGAUCGGACCUGACAAAACUGCAACUAUGGAAACAUUGAUGAAUCUCCUUCAGGAAACUGCGCUCAACCAUGUCACGAGCUCCGGUCUGGCCGGAAGUGGGUUUGGUGCUACCAGAGAGAUGAGCCUGAGGAAAUUAAUUUGGGUAGUCACUCGUAUUCAUAUUCAAGUUCAAAGAUACAGCUGUUGGGGAGAUGUUGUUGAGAUUGAAACUUGGGUUGAUGCAGCAGGGAAGAACGGAAUGCGUAGAGAUUGGAUAAUUAGAGAUUAUAAAACUAAAGAAAUCAUAACAAAAGCAACAAGCACAUGGGUGAUAAUGAACAGAGAAACAAGAAAACUGUCAAAAAUCCCAGAGCAAGUCAGGCAGGAAUUGGUACCAUUUUAUACGAGUAGGAUUGCAAUUACUAAAGAGAACAAUGAUGUUGAGAAAAUUGAUAAACUUACCGAUGAAACUGCAGAGAGAAUCCGAUCUGGCCUUGCGCCCAGAUGGAGUGACAUGGAUGCCAAUCAACAUGUAAAUAAUGUCAAAUACAUUGGAUGGAUUUUGGAGAGUGUACCGACAAAUGUGCUGGAAGAUUACAACAUGAGAAGCAUGACCCUGGAGUACAGAAGAGAGUGUAGACAAUCAAAUUUGCUAGAGUCAUUAACAAGAACAACAGAAGAUUCAGAUAAUAACCGCAAAACUGAUUUAAAGUAUACGCACUUGCUUCGGAUGCAAGCCGAUAAGGCGGAGAUUGUCCGAGCAAGAACAGAAUGGCAAUCCAAACAUAAACCCCGACAUACUUGAUCUCCAUCUAAUACAGUCUUAUCCAAUCUGAAUUCUUUCUAUUCUUGUGUAGUAAUUUUCUUAUUUUUCAUGGGUGCAUUUUUAUUCACCAGGGAAUAAGUUAUAUGCAAUCAUUAUUCACAUUAUGUUGAUUUCUAAUAUCAACACAUUUUGGACGCUCUAUCGAGUUUAAUUUCAUUUGUGAUAAUCAGACACAUUCUCUAA